AUGUUAUCAGACAGCGGCUCCUCCUCAGAAUCGGAGGGUGCAGCAGACCUCCUCGAGUCAAUCUUGGGAGUUUCGGGGAGCUCGCAGGGGGCAGUCGCGGGCAGGAAGAAGUCGGAAGCCUCCUGCCAGCGCCAGCAGGAGAGCGGGAAAGUCAGCGCACAGAAGGAGGCCUCAUUAGAGACGAAGUGCCGCCAUGAGAAUAAGACAGAGAGGGCCGCUUCUGUCCAGGAGGAGCCACACCAACCUCCACAGCAACCUCCACAGCACCUCAAGUUAGACCUGAAGGGCCUCCCCCUUCAAGUAGGACCACGCUGCGCGAAUUCUCAUGGCGUGGGGCCUUUUGUUUUGCAACCCCACCAGAAAGUGCUUCGCCUCUCGAUAGACGGCGACCCAAACGCCGAUCCGGCAGAGCUUCUCUCUGCGUACAUCGCCUCGCUGGGGGACAUCCAGCAGCAGCGAACUACCGCUGUCACGGCAGAUAAGCAGAUUCAAGUGAAGGGCGUCUGGUAUGCAGUGCAACGGGAUGCCUCUCGAGGCGAGCUCUUACUGGGUGCAGAGCCAUCAGACACACAACUUCUGACCCCCGAGCGGCAUCUUGGUCAUCUGCGCUUCGUUCGCUGCGAAGCCCCGGAAGAGAACGGAGUACAGGGAGAGUCAGAAGAGGAUUCGUUUUGGGAGACUUGUCCUUCCUUUGCAAGGUUUCAUAAGAUCCGAACAUAUGGGGCGAAUGUGAAGCCUAAGAAACCAAAGAGCCGCAGAGUUCGCGAUAUUUGA